AUGUUGUUGAUAUUGGUAUGGUUUUUAUUUAAUUUGUAUAAUUUUUAGGUAAUAUGCUUUUGAAUUAGUGUUUAGGUCUUAUUUUAGAUCUAACUCUUGGAUAUAAAUUUGUUUUGAUAUUAAAACAUGGUUAUAAAUGCUUUUGAGACAUCAUUUGAGGCAUAAUAAUUUAGGUUUCUUUUGUGUCUUAACCUAGAGAACGCUAGGGUAAAGAAUAACACAGAAGAAAAAAAAACUUUUUUGAAAAAAAUUAUUGACUAAACUUUCUUUCGAAAUUUGAAUAUUUUUUUAAAAAUAAAAAAAUUGGAAAAUAUGUUUCUAAAAUUUUCUCAUUGAACUUUUGCAAAUUUUGAAUUUUAUUUUUAUGAAAGUAAGGAGUAUAAAAGCGGUGGUUGAGACGGUAUUUGUUUCAGUACGCUACGACUGGGAUCGGAACGAGAAAUAUUGACUUCGAGGCCCAAAGAGAACAGCAAGAGGCUGGUGUCGUUGAUAUUGGUAUGAUUUUUAUUUUAUUUGUAUAAUUUUUAGGUAAAAUGCUUUUGAAUUAGUGUUUAGAUCUUAUUUUAGAUCUAACACUUGGAUAUAAAUUUGUUUUGAUAUUAAAACAUGGAAAAUAUGUUAAUUUUCUUUGAUUUUAGGAUCAGGGUUUUAUGCUGGAUCGGCUGGGGCUUCAUCACAAGUAAACGGAACGAGAUUUAAGACAAAAUUGAGUUUGUCAACAAUCAUACGACGAAUUUCAGUAAGUAUUGGGUUCUUUGGUUGUUUUAAUCUUUAGGCACGAGAUUUAAAAUUGGUAAAAAAUUGUAGAAGAUGAGAACAGAAAAUACAGUCUUAGUUUUCGACGAAUGAACUAUUUAGUUUUGGUUUUAAAUGCUUUUAAGACGUUAUUUGAGGCUUAAUAAUUUAGGUUUCUUUUGUGUCUUAACUUAGAGGUUAGGGUCAGGGACGUCGUUUGGGAGGGGGGGGGGGCAUGGGGGGGGGGUACCCCCCCAUGCCGAAAAAAAAUCCACAGGUACCUGUACGCGGAAAAACGAAAAAAAAAUUUUUUUGAAAAAUCGGUCCACAGGUAGCAGCUACCUGUGGACCAAAAAAAAUUUUUCGACCUCCCCCCCCCCCAGAGAAAAACCGUAGCGACGUUCCUGGUUAGGGUAAAGAAUUAUCGGUAGACGAGACGGUAUUUGUUUCAGUACGAUCAAAAUGUGGAUCUGUUCUAUAAUUCAAUUGAUUCUGAUGUUUGCAAUAAUGGUCCUAUUUACUUCGGCGACUUCGAGCACAUCAAAAGUCGAAGAAGCACAAGUCGAGUAAAAAAAUGUAAGUUUCUGAUUAUUAAAAAAAUUUAAAGUUGAUAUAGGCAUAACACGUAAUUUAGUUAUAGUAAAACCCGCCAUUCUUUUCUUUCCAACCUCAUACUUUUAUAUUUUGAUAUAUUUUAUCUUGUAAUUUGAUAAUUGAAUUUUAGAAGUCCGAAAAGAGCGAUGGAUCUAGUAAAAAGAAGUUGAACAAGGAAGAGAAGAAGAAGAGCAAAAAGGUAAGGCUAUUUAUAUUACUUUUGUUAUGUUUUGAAUGUCUAAACUAAAUACUGUUGUAAUAUUUUGUGGUGAUUGACUAUUUUAGAUUUUUUUAUUUGUUGUUCUUUUAGCGCCCGCAUAGAAAGUUCCCGCAGCCUCGUUUGCUGCCAGGGCAACCCAAGAAUAAGCCAGAGGAUGUAAGUUUUUUAUCUUAUAUAUCCCCCUCUCUUGCAGAGCUAAAUUUAUUAAUGGUUUUUUAAAUUUAAUUUUUUUAGAUUGAUGCCGCUGUUUCGGAACAUUUGAACAGGGUGACCAAGGUGGGUCAAGAGACCACCCAAAACAAAAACGUAGAAAAUGCGAAGGGCAACAUACAAGUGGUCCGACAAUCGUCUGACUUGAAUAUAGUAAGUUUCUCUAUAAAUUUCAUAAUAUUAUUAUGUCUUUGAUCUAAAGCAUUUUUUUGUAACGAUCACACAAAACGUUGUUUAACUAGUGUUGUAAAGCUGGUUCCAUCGGGACGGCGGAGGAAAGCUUCGUAAUUAGUAGUAUUUUUAUAUACUAAUGUUCUUGUUUUACAGGUUUACAACGUUCUUGUGAGCACUGAUAGUUUGCCAAAAGACCCACCAAUCGACAACAUUAAUUUCUAUGGAAUAUUAAAGCAUUGUGGUAUUACAGUUCGUACCAUACCAGUAAGAUUUUUCAACUAUUAUCAAAAAAUUUUAAACGGUGGAGUAGCUAUGGCGAGAAACCGUAGUCAGUGUUUUGCCGGACCGGUCCGGAUGAGAAUUUUUUCGGUCCGGUCCGAAAAAUUUUCGGUCCGGUCCGGCUCUAUUUUUUUUCGCUCAGGUCCGGUCCGGAAAAUUUUUUUUUUAUUUUUAAAAAAGAGCCAGGAACGCUAAAACUGCUUUCUUUGCGUUUAAAAACUCUUAAAAAUAUGUUUUAUUUGCAAUUUUUAAAACAGUUUUAUUAAAAUAAAAAAAAAAAUUUUUUCCGGACCGGUCCGGACGGGUCCGGCAAAACACUGACCGUAGUGUGCGUUAGGUUUAUCGCUAGACCCUGCCAAAAGUACUUUAAACACUUUCCUCGGAAAGACUAACGUUUUAAUUUUUAGUAUGAGCGCCGAGUACAGUACAAUGUCCGAUAUGGUUUGGAAUAUUAG